UAUUUGCGUCAUUGGAUUUGGGGUGUGAAAGCUUAGGGAUUGUGUUAUAUAAAGGGAAAGGGAGCAGUCCAUGUUUGGCAAUGUCAUUCAUUCUGGUUUCAUCAUCCUCUUGCUUUUUCUCAUACUUUCUAUCCCUCUUCACUUUCAUCCUCUGCCUCUAUAUUAUUAGUAUUCCAACGCUAUCGGAGGAGUAGCGAAAUCAGAUACCCACCGCCUUCUCUCACGCUCACGCCUCUCUUUUCCCACGCCCUUACACUUAAACUGCUGCUAAAAACUCACUCACUCCCCUUACUUCUGCUUCAUUACCUUCCUUGAUUCUGAAUCCAGGUUCGUCCUUAUUUCAAGCAAAAGCAAAAGGAAAAGGAAAAUGAAGUACGUGCUGGUAACUGGUGGAGUUGUAAGCGGUCUCGGGAAAGGAGUUACUGCAAGCAGCAUCGGUCUGCUUCUCAAGGCCUGCGGCCUUCGCGUUACUUCCAUCAAAAUUGAUCCGUACUUAAAUACAGAUGCGGGAACCAUGUCCCCUUUCGAACACGGAGAGGUUUUUGUGUUAGAUGACGGUGGUGAGGUGGACCUGGAUCUUGGGAACUACGAGCGGUUUCUAGAUAUCAAGUUGACCCGCGACAAUAAUAUUACGACUGGGAAGAUCUACCAGUCGGUUAUUGAUAAGGAGAGGAAAGGGGAUUAUCUUGGAAAAACUGUCCAGGUUGUUCCACAUAUUACGGAUGCAAUUCAAGAAUGGAUUGAGCGUGCUGCUUUGAUACCAGUUGAUGGCAAGGAUGGUCCAGCUGAUGUUUGUGUGAUUGAAUUGGGUGGAACUAUUGGAGACAUUGAGUCCAUGCCAUUUAUUGAGGCACUUGGACAGUUCUCAUACCGUGUAGGUUCUGGUAACUUUUGCCUAAUUCAUGUCAGCCUUGUGCCUGUAUUGAAAGUUGUUGGAGAGCAGAAAACAAAACCUACUCAGCAUAGCGUUAGGGGUCUACGAAGUCUAGGCUUGACCCCACAUGUUUUGGCUUGUCGCAGCACAACGGUUCUUGAUGAAAAUGUGAAGAGGAAGCUCUCUCAGUUUUGUCAUGUUCCGGUGGACAGCAUCAUCACUCUCUACGAUGUUACUAACAUCUGGCAUAUUCCUUUACUUUUAAAAGAUCAAAAGGCACAUGAAGCAAUCUUGAAAGUGCUGAAUCUUCACAGUAUAGCUGGUGGCCCUGCUUUAGAGGAGUGGACUGCUAGAGCUGAAAUUUGUGAUUCGCUGCAUGAACCGGUUCGUAUUGCCAUGGUUGGAAAGUAUACGGGGCUUUCAGAUUCCUACCUUUCUGUGCUGAAGGCUCUUAAGCAUGCCUCCCUCAGAUGUCUAAAGAAACUCAUUGUGGACUGGGUUCCAGCUGGAGAUCUUGAAGAUGUUACGGCUCAAGAGAAUCCAGCUGCUCAUAAGGCUGCUUGGAAGCUUUUGAAGGGUGCAGAUGGCAUACUUGUUCCAGGUGGUUUUGGUGAUAGAGGAGUGGAAGGGAAAAUCCUUGCAGCUAAGUAUGCUCGAGAAAACAAAGUUCCUUUCCUCGGCAUAUGCCUAGGAAUGCAAAUUGCUGUCAUUGAGUUUGCACGAUCUGUUCUUAAUUUGAAAGAUGCUAAUAGCACUGAAUUUGAUACCAGCACAAAGAAUCCAUGUGUUAUAUUUAUGCCUGAGGUGUCUAAAACACAUAUGGGCGGAACCAUGCGCCUUGGUUCUAGGAGAACAUAUUUUCAGGUUAUGGAUUGCAAGUCUGCAAAACUGUAUGGGAAUAAAAGUUUCAUUGAUGAGAGACAUAGGCAUAGAUACGAGGUUAAUCCUGAUAUGGUAUCGCGGCUUGAAAAAGACGGACUCUCUUUCACUGGCAAGGACGAAACAGGUCAGCGCAUGGAGAUUGUUGAGUUGGCUUGUCAUCCAUACUUCAUUGGUGUUCAAUUCCAUCCCGAAUUUAAAUCAAGACCGGGAAAACCUUCUGCAUUAUUCUUGGGACUCAUAGCUGCAUCAUGUGGCCAAUUAGGUUCUAUCUUAAGAAGCUCUGAGAAUCAGAAGAAAACCAUGAAUAACGGGGGCAUUGAAGUCUCAAUGACAAAAGUCUCCAGAAAUGGUAACAUGAAAAUGACUGCGAAUAGGCUGUCUAAUGAUGUUUAUUUCAACGACAACGGCUUGUACUACUAAAGGCAGGUGAAUUUCUUUGCGAACUCUUCCCGAGUGAUUUGCAGAUCUUAUGUAGUAAUUAUACCAGGAUUGCCUGUACAGUCAUCUGAGUUCGGAUAGGUAUAGGGUAAAGGUUUUCUAUCAGGAAAGAGAGCUGCAUCCCAAUCUUUUACAAAGGGUCGUCAGCUUCUCAACAAAAAAAAAAAAAAAAAAAAAAAAA